AUGGGAGAACGACCAGUUGACCAGCUUCUGCUGGCUCUACGUGAACACGACAUUUCUCUAACACGAGACGAUGUGCAAUGGGCAUUUGAUUCUGCAGAAACUAAUGCAUCAGUCACGCAGUGGGUGGAACGAUAUCUGGGCCCCGAAACCCUCCUUUCCAAGGAAGAGCUUGAAACCUUCUCGAAGAUUGAGCGGUCUGGUGCCGUGAAGAGGAUCCUCGCAAGCAAUGAUCUGUCAACCGUCCGGCCCGUCCUCGAAGAUGAUCUUCGCAACACGAUUGAGACGCUCAACGCCUCCACGGCGGCGAUAGAACGACAGAACGAGCUGCUUGCAAAGCAACGCGAAUCAUUAGAAGCACUCAAAGAGCGAAAUCGGGAAAAUCGCGAAGCCUGCAAUCGCUCAAACGCACAGCGACGGAGGAAACAUGCGAUUGAGAGCCAACAUGUUGCUCUGGCGUGCGAUGAGCUUGCGCAAAAUAUUUCAUCGCAGCUUGCUGUCAUGCAGCAGCAAAUGAAAACCUCAACGGCCCAGCUCCCGCCAGCUGUUGCAGAGACCCUCCGGGCGGACGAUCGAUUGCUUGCUCGACUCGAAAGGCUCGCUUCGGAACUGGACCUGUCGGAAGGGGAUGACGGUGGGGAAGAAAGGAAUCGGAUUGCUCAGUUGGGAAAGAAGGCAGCCAGUCUUUCAGCAGAAGAGAUUCGCCUGCAUCUGGACACGGUCUAUCUCGAAACACUGGUCGAGAAUGCGACGGGACGUCAAAAUCAACGACAAGAUAAUGACGCUUCACCGGACGAAGCUGAGGACCGGGCUGAAAUCAACGCGAUCAAGGCUGAACUAAACAGCUUGUAUCAAGAGAUUGGCUCCCUGACGGAAAUUUCGGUGCAAGAGAACUACCUGCGGCCAAUAUUUGACGAAAUCAAGGAGCAGAAUAAACGGAGGAGACAAAUCUGCGAGGAUGGGCUGGACUAUAUUUCGUCUUCUCUCGAGCAUCUCAUUACCAGACUCGACGCCAUUACGAACAAUACUCGGCUUCACCAUGCACAUCACGCGGCCCUACUCGCCAUUGCCGCACAAGCUGAGCCACAAAUUAAAGAGAUCCCGCAGAAUCGAAUUACGUCUUCUUCUCCAUCAAAACCCCAAAACACUAGAGACGUUUUUUCUCGGCAGACCUCCUCUUUUGCAGCCGCACAAUCCACGCCUCUCAAAGGUCACACAUCACGCUUCACACCCAACUUUCCAAGCACACCUACACUGUCAUUCGACAGUCGUAUGGGGACAACCUUUGGGCUCAAGACCCCCGGACCAGAACCCACGUCCACAGGAACAGCCGCGAUGCAGCAAUUAUUCCGCCGCCUUGGACUACACAUUUCCCCGGACUUGCCUCCCGCUGAGCUUGCGGCAGCGCUCUCUACAGCCGUCGCAGAGCGCAAGGCCUCUCUCCGUAAUCAUUUGUUCACAUCCGAAAUGUCUUCUUUUACCCCGUCGUCGUCAUCAUCAUCACAAGCACUAAUCAAUGCUUCGGACUCUGCGUCAGCACGUACGCCAGCUCCCGCUCCUCCUCCGUCCGCUCUAGCCAAGCAUUUAGCUGCCGCAGAUGCAACGGCCCAAAUCCUGCUCGAUGCAGUCUAUGCGGAUUCGAAGCACUGCAAUUACACGCUCGUGGAUGACAAUGUCAAGACAGCGAUCACGAAGCUCGAGCAGGACGUUGAUGCCGUGGGCAAGGGAAUGGCAGGACUGGAUCUAGAAACGGUGCUGAAAGAGGAACAGAAACCAAAGGAAAGGUUUGUGGAACGAUGGGCGGGAAUGUAGUAGUAUACUGUACAAUGCUUUGGGCGUUGUUAGCAUCUUGUUGAGCUUUUAUUCGUUCUUUUUUCAUUUUCUUUUAGUUUUAUUUUUUCACCCUGUCUGUCUCCUCUUUCUUUUUCAUUUCCUCCCCUGUAUAGUCUGCGUUAUACCUAUAUAGUCGUGUUACGCUCUCAUCCAAUGGCUCGGAAAUCCAUGCUCAUUUAUAUUUUGCCUUAUCAAUUUCCACAUUAUCUGUUCACUUUUCCAUCACUUUCCGCUACACUUUUCAGGUUCCCAUUUCAUCAUUUUAGACGUGCAAUAUACCGAUGUCAAGAUAUAUAGACCAUAC